UGAUCCAAAGAUCACUAUUCUCUCCACUGCAUUUCUGAUGUGCUGGCAAACUGCAGAGGACCUCACCUAAACAAGUGGUUAAACAUGAAGCAAGCAUCAAGCCUUCUUUUUUGUUCUAUGGUGCUACUAGUGAUCCUUUACAACCAUGAAGUUGCUGCAGAAGAAAACUCUCAACAACCUCAAGGAUCUUGUGCAAAUUGGAUGUCUGGAGCACCAGGUCACCCAGGUCAUAAUGGAGAACCGGGGAGAGAUGGACGGGAUGGAAGAGAUGGCCAAAAGGGAGAAAAAGGCGAGCUAGGUGAACCUGGUGAAAAGGGAGAUCAAGGAUCCUUAGGAGUUGCUGGUAUUGUAGGUCCUCAAGGAGUGCCAGGCGUUCCAGGAUUCCCAGGAUCAAAGGGGGAAAGGGGGGAAAGUGCCACUGUCUAUCGAUCUGCCUUUAGUGUUGGUUUAACAGCCAGAGUUUCUUAUAUUAAUAUGCCUAUUAAGUUCACGAAGGUCUUCUACAAUGAACAAAAUCACUAUGAUACAGUUACAGGAAAGUUCCAAUGCACCAUUUCCGGAGUAUACUAUUUUGCAUAUCAUCUCAGUGUAUAUGCCUCAGAUGUGAAAGUUAGUUUAUUCAAGAAGGACGCCGCGGUUAUAAUCACCUAUGAUCAGUAUCAGAAAAACGAUGUGGAUCAGGCUUCUGGAUCUGUUUUACUCCAUUUGGCAUCUGGGGAUGAAGUCUGGCUACAGUUAUACGGAGAAGAAACCAGUAGUGUCUAUGCUGAUAAUGUUAAUGAUUCAACUUUCAUGGGAUUUUUACUUUACCCUGAUUUGAAUUACGAGUCGUAGAAUGGGGAUAGAGUAGGGAAGAUGGAAGAACAGCCAAGCAUGAUAUGGACUCCAUUUUUCUUGUAGACUUCUGGUAUGUUAAAAACACAAAAUAACCUUGAAGGUGGUUCAAAUUUGAAUGUUUAUUGUUUAUUGCUUGCAUAUUAUGAUGAUUUGUAUGUGUAAGUCAUCAAACAUUUGUAUUCCUUCACACCACUUCAAUGGUUUUCAGUUCAUAAAUUCAGUUGUCUGUUAUGCAAUAAUCAGAUACAAUGAAAUCAAGUAAUACGCAUAUGCACAAACAUAUGUACAUCUUUUAUGUGCAUAAACACACCCAGACAGAAGUUUUCAGCCUGUACUUAUUCAAGAUAAUGUUACAGUAUGUUUAUUUAUAAUUACACCAGCAAAGAAUAAACAUUGAUUGGAUUUAUACAUUGUAUUAAGCCUUAAUGGAAUUUGGUUUUGGAUUAGCAUAUAAUAUACAUACAGCUACUGUGGUUUGUAAACCAUAUUUUAUAGCUUGGCAUGCUGUGUGAAUUUAGCCAAUUAUGAUUUAUUUAAUAAACUAUGGUAAUAUCAUGUUGCAUGGAUCAAGCCAGUGAGAUAAAGCUUUAGCAUCACAAUUUUCAGAAUGAUUCUUGUUUAGACCUAAAUUAAAAUUUUAGUUGCAUUUAAACGCAUAUCUUUGUUCCUUUAAUGGUUUUUUGGUUUGGUUUCUUUCUUUUUUCAUCAUAGAUUACAAAAGCCUUUAUGUUUAGAACUUCAGACAUUAUAUUGAAUUACAAAUAAAAAAUUUGUUCACUCAUAGUUCUAUUUCUUUUGGGCUUAAAAUUAUAUUAUUUAUAGGAAAAUGCUACACACAAGUGUUAAGUUAUUAUUUUAUUCAGAAGGUCUGGGUUCUUUGAUGAAGGGAAAUAAUUAUGAAUUAACAUAGAAAAAUUAAUCCCUGCAAGAACCAACAUUGUGAAUUCUCAAAAUAUGGCUAGGUUGAUGAUUGGCUAUGACAGAGCAAUUACUGCUCUUAAGCAAUGUGCUUGAGACGUGAAAACCUACUUGACCAAUCUCUUUACAUAUAAUUCUGAGCUAUAAAAUCAUUCCAUAUAAAUUAAGUUUGUGUUGUAGAGACAAUCCCCUUAAAUUCAUAGCCCAUUUCCAUGUAUAUUGAGCCUCCAAUAGGGACACAAGGCCCAUUUUAUAACUCCCUACUUGGUGAAGUAUCCAGACAUUUUCAACUUAUUUUAAGUAGCGCUAUUCCUGUUGGAUCAAUAUGACCCCGUUUCCUUGAAUGUAGCAAAAUGUUGGAUCUGUAAAACUCAACAUGCAUUGAUUGUCUCGAUGAUGUACCUUUAUAAUUUUAUGUUUGUUAAAUUACUUGAAGCUGAAUAUUUGCCUUAAGUUGCAGAAUUCUAGUCAGUGAUCAUAAUAAAAAAUGAAGGCAUUCAGGCAGAACUGAGACAAAUAUAUAUCUAUUCAGCAUUCAAAGUGAACCCUAUGAUACAUGCUUGCUAUUAGUCCAUUAAAAAGCACACAAUUUAGCUAUUAAAAGCCGUCUUGGUUGUUCAUAAUCCAAAAUCUCUACCAUACUUUCUGUCAUUCGUGAUUUUUCUUUUCUUAGUUUUUUUCCUAUUAUGGAAAUGAAUAUAUAUAUAUAUUUUCUGAGGUUUUCGCAGGUGUUUGUAUGUAGGUCUUCGGUUAUUCGGGUUUUCUC